AUGCAGUGCGUCGGUGUGUUUGCAAGGUGUGAGUACGGCGAUGGUUCUGAGGCCGAAAAGAUGCAAAAGCGGCAAUCGGCGGCAGGUGACGCCCUCGCCCUUUCGACUCCUAUCCGACUAUGCCCAAUCACUUACGUCCGUCUACCGAAAUACUUCCUACAGGAGUUCAAGGCGAUUGAGAACCCGGAAACACGGAGCUUCUGGUGGACACCCGGUGACUUGGAUGUCAUGUACGCCGCGAAGGAGUGGGAAAGGGACGAUGAACCACACGAAGACGACGUUCCCUCAGGACCGCAAAACUCGACAGACACCCCCGUCGCGCAACAAAAGGCUACGGAGAAACUCCUGAAACAGUCUCCGGCCUGCUAUGUGCUCGCGAGGAGGCCCUUUCUCAAGUCCAUGAGCGGGACCAAGAAAAAGGCCCCCCACGGCGAAAAAUGGAGGACCAUGCUGUCCAGGCGGGAGGGCUCCCUCGCGCAGCGCAUUGCCAAGAGACAGGUAUGGCGGGAGGACAUGGAUGACUUCGUCCUUGACAACAUGCGCCGGAACGUCAUGAAGUACCUCGUCUACUUCGCCGAGCUCCGUGCGGGUCAGGACCACCGAUCGUACCUCCUGCGCCUCGGGAGCUGGGACAGGGCCGCGACGAUACCGCAGCGAGGGUGUCUGCUGUGGUACUACGCGGAGAACGGACCCAAAAGGCAGGGUGCGGCGGUCGGGCCGGACGGGGGCGACAACGCCGCCGCCGCCGUCGCCACGGCGCUGGAGCCAUUUUCCACGUACGACGUGCCGAAGGCCAAGUACGAGAGGAAGCUGCCGGUCUACGACCUCAGGUGGCUGCUGGGCGAGGACCACCUGGCGAAGCUGCGGGAGAUCCCAAUGUUCCGCGACAGCUCGCUGUUCCUCUUGCGCAAGCAGCGCUCAAUUCCCCUCCAGCUCUAUCUCUGGAAGCUGCAGGCGUACAUGGCCGAGUACGACGCGCCCGAGGUCACGCACGUGCCUGAGUCCGAGUCUGCGGGUGGCCAGCCCUCAUCGACUGACGAAAAGCAGCCGCGGGGUUUGAGUCAUGAGAACGACGCGGCUACGCUAGCGCUCCCGGAACGUGAAGGCCGAAAAGACUCGCGGGAGCUGGAACAUACGAGGAAGCCUACGUCGUCAGGCCUCGCAGAUUCAAGCCGGAAAGACCCGAAGAAAGCGUAG